GUUUGCUUGACUGGGGGUUGCUUCUGCCUGCUCACUCUCAGCAAAGGAGGAGAAUUUCGCUGAAGCCGAUUCCAUUUAAAUAUAUAAAUGAACAGAUCAAAUAGAAAUAAGGAUUGAUAAGAAACCGGAGGUCCCGGUUCCCUCUUCAGCAAGGCUGCUUUGCUUCCUGCGGACGAAAUUCGGCGGCGAGGAUUUCAGGAGCUGGAAAUGAACGACUCCAGCCGGGACUCCCUGGAGCUUUGCAGUUCGUCGUUGUCGUUAGAUGGCUCCAGAGACUACCAUCUGCAGGAUUCUGCCAGGACUCUGGAUUUUGACUCUUUUUCUUCAUCCGAGGAAGACAAGGAGGAGGAUUCAGAAGCCUCCUUCAUCACAGCUGAGGAAAAUCCGGAGGAAGAAAUUCUCUUGAGGAUGGCAAAUAGAGCUACAGCCACCUGCAGUAAGGAAACCGACUCUGAGAACAGGGCAGACCUCCAUCUAGGAGACUGUGUAGAAAUUAGACCCAAUGAGACCAUUUCUGCCCUCUUAUCAACCCCACUUUGUUCUCCAAAGCAUGUACAAAAUAAUUCUUACCAAGAGUCGGCUAUAGGGAGCAGGACUGAGAAAACGGAUCUACCCUCAAUGCCUUAUUUACCUGGAGAUGCUGAUCUGAGGAAAGAAAACCAAUUCAGUCUCAUGAAAGUAUCUGAAAAGGAAGAUCCAAAUCCAACUCCCAUCAACUUAGGAAACUUGAUAGAAAGGCUUGAAUCUUCAAUUACUGCAAAUCCACCAACUCCAGGAUUACCAUCUGUAAGCAGCCUUGGGGUACCAAAUAAGUUUUCUGGAAAUUUAUUUUACUGUGGGCCACCUGCUGCUUUAGAGAAGCACAAAUAGAGGGGAGGAAGGUCAGUCAGUUAAGGGGCAGCCUUCUGCAACCUGGUGCACUCCAGAUAAUCUUGUUCUUAGAACCAUUAACUGUCUGA